GACUGUGCGCUUGUGAUAACAUCGCUAUAUUCGGUGUUUAUGUUCAUUGUUGUGUGCUACCUUCUCCAUCGAUCGCCUCUCAAAGUACAGACCGUAAAUGGCAGAUACCAACGAUUUCGGUUAGGAAGUCCCACAGAGGACAUCAGCGAUAUAGUAUCGCCUACCCGAAGUCCGAACACUGGAUACUUCAUUCUGGAUACAAAUGAAACAUUCACUAAAAGAUGCUCACGGUGUUCGUUAGUCUCGAGUAGCGGUCACCUCUAUGAAUCAGGAGCUGGUGCCGACAUCGACAGCGCCGACUGUGUGAUCAGAAUGAACACUGCCCCCGUCACCGGCUGGACGGAGGACGUCGGGGCUCGAACCGACAUCCGUAUCAUCGGACACGUCAACCUCCCGCGGGGCCUUGUGAGAAAGGGUAUCCUGCGACAAGAGAUUCUGGUGGAUGAACAAACCAGAGCCAGCUAUAUCAUCGUUCCAUGGCUCUACGACGAGAAGAUCAACAUGGCUACUCAUAGUAUUUUCAAGAUUGCGCGGGACUUCAAAAGGCGGUUUCCCCAAGUGAAGUUUGUUUUCUUGACUAGGGAAAAGUACGAAGAGUCAGAGAGAAGGUUCAAGCUUGAGACGGGAUUUUCCAGGACCCAAAUCAAAACAUGGUUUAGUACCGGUUUCGUGUCCAUGAUGUUCGCCCUCGAUGUAUGCGACAAAGUAGAGGUUUAUGGACUAUCAACAUCACAAUAUUGCAUUGUCCAUCCCAAAUCCAAGGUCCCAUAUCACUACUAUGAACCUGACGGAGCAAGGGAAUGUUCCUUCCAGCGAACCAAUGAGCUUGGACUGGGCGACGGCCACAAAUUCAUGACGGAACGUGCCAUGUUUGCCCGCUGGUCCCUCAUCUACGACAUCACGUUCCACUAUCCAUCUUGGAAGGCCACUAUCAAGAACGCCACCGGUAAUUUGGAUACGCCGUUCCUACGGAAGUACAAGGAAGCGCUGAAGACGGGAAAGCUGGAUGAUAUUCCGCAGUACGUCUACAAGAACGGGAAGCGGUACCGCGUCAUUUACCGGCGCGUUCCAAGAAAGGUUGCUAGAGCAAAAAAGAACGAGACAAAAGAGAUUGUCAACAAGCCUCCAGGAAAUCAAACAUCAGAGGACAUGGCUUUGCAAAGUAACGCCCAGAACCAGAAUGGUAAGAUUAAUGAUACCCUGAUAAAGAAAAACAUUAUCGAGAAAGAUGUUGAAAAAGAACUUCCAGGUUCACCUAAAAACGAUACGAAUGGGAUCGAGAAAAAGGCUCCUAUGGAUGGAAAUUCAAAAUCAGAAGUGGCCAUCAAAGGCCAGGAUCGGACAUCCAAUAAGGCCAAUUUGCCUAUAAUAAAGAGAACGAUUGUCAAGAGAGUCGUUAGGAAUAAGGGCAAUCAAAGCAACUAA